AUGGAGCAAUUUGCGGAUGAAUUAUUCGGAGACGGGUUCAACGAAUAUCCCCUCCUUCUCCGCCCGUUAGUUGGAACUAUAAGUCUCGUCAUAGCGGGUUUCAAGCUAUUCUUCUACCUUUUGUUGCAUAUGGCCCUCGCUUUUGUCAUCCUAGUCAUCGUUGCUGCGGUGAUAGGUGUGAUCGCACUACUUGUGACGAGCAAACUGCCAGGUUUCGGCGACCAUGGGCCACGAAAGAAAAGUGACACCUAUAACAGGGCCCGCAGCGGUGUUGAACAUCGUCUGGAGGCCGGUGAGAUCAAAUUUUGA